GAGAAAAACUGACAGAGAGAGAAAGAGAGUGUGAGAGAGAAAGAAAGAGUGAGACAAAAUGCCACAGCAGCAACUACCUGGAGCAACCACGACAACAACAACUGCAGCGGCAACAAAUGGAGGACCACGUGUCAGCUUCAAUCGAGAUGUGCAUGUGAAGCGCAUAGGUAAACGUCCUAGCGAUUUGGAUAGCUAUCAUCAAUUGCCACCAGACAUUGAUCCAGAGGAUAUACGUAAGGAGGCUGCUUUGGUUAUAUCACAGGCGGGACGACAUCAAAGUAAAGCCGAAAACGGUGAUAAUAUACCCACAUUCCGGGCUAAACAGAAGCGACAGCAAAGUGCUGCUGCCGCUGCCGCUGCCGAUGCGCAACGUUUUCAUUCUUUGCCCACAAGACGCAAAUCGAAGGGUAAACCAGUGACCCGUAGUGUUAGUGACGCUGCCACAAAGAAACCUCCUACAGCUAGCAAAAGACCCUCGAUCUUUGGUCUAUUCAGUCGUAAGACAAGUGAUACAAAUGUUAACCAAUUGGAUAGGGAUCCACGCUUCGAUGACGUUGGAGCCAGGCGUUUAGUGCGAAGUAAAAGUGAUGUGGGUAGCACAAACAGUGUACGCAAGACCCCAUUAGCCGAGAGUCAAUCAAGCAGAGUGGCCAAAAAGGUAGACACUUUGGCGAACGCUUCUUCAAAGACUCAGCUUAGUCCCAUUAUUGAGCAAUCGCAACGGGAAGACUUUUUCGAAAAGGAUUACUUUCGAGAACGUGAACGACGCAAAUCCGAUGCCAUUACAUUGCGUGAGAAGGAUGAAAGUGGACAGGGUUUGAAUGAACUGCUCGCCCGGAGUCGUUCCAAGGCGGAAUUAGAUGGUCCUUUAUUGAAAUCAAAGCCACCAUUAUUCGCAUCUAAUAGCAUUGGACCCAAUCCGUCUUCAAUAUCAGCGGGUAUACGCGAUCGUAUUGAGAUUUUACAAGCCAAAUCGAACGAGAAUAUGCACAGCUCUCAGCAGCCAGCAGAACGUCUGCCCCUAACAAAAGGGCGGACUGUGGAUGGCCUAGUCAAAAGGUUGUCCAUGGAGCGUUUCUCACCACAGCCAGUAAUUAGUCAGCCGGCCUUUUCGUAUAUAAGGCCCAAUGAGGGCAUCACCUAUGCCCAACUCGACUUAAGCAAUGACGAGCAACAACUGCCGCCUCAGGAGCGUACGCCACCGCGACCACCAAGAGCCAAUCAGGAUAGACAUCAAGUUAGAUCUGGAAGCGGUAGCUAUUCGCCUAUUCCAAAUGGUAAUCAUACAAACACUACACGCAUGGGUAAUUCCCAUUCUCCGUCACCCUGGCAGCAGUUGAGUCCACGCAAUCAAAGCGAUGAGGAUGAGGGUUUGGGUUUCGAGACUCGUAAAGUCUACUAUGAUGAUGAAUAUGGCAAACGGGAGCGUGAGCCACCUAUUGUGCCAGUUAUACGUAGUGUUAGCCCAGCUCCAUAUCUGGAUAAUUUGGGCUAUAGAAGAGCUCAACUGGAGAAUCGCAUAUUGACACGUCGCUUUGGUGAGACAACGGCGCAACAGCAAACAGGAGGCACACUAGAGCGUCAACAACGUGCCUACCUAAGUCCCGAGAGAGAACGUUCCGUUCCAUUAGAUGUCAGUCCCCAAAUGGAGAAGACAUCGCGUUAUCGUCACACCAAGUACUAUGAUGAUGGUCAAGGGGGUAUCAAGGAGACCUAUGUAAGGGAAACGCAAACAGAUGGUCAAAUACGCGAGUCAAGACAUCGUGAGCGUAUUUCUGCCUCACAGCCGCGUUAUGCGGAUCGUGAUUAUAAUUCAGCCGAAAGAUUAGAACAAGAGCCCAAAAGUUUAGACUCUCAACUAACCGAUCAAUAUAGAUCUUCGCCAGAGUUGAGAAAUCAUCAGCAGCAGCAUCAGCAUCAUCAUCAUCAGUUGGCGCAGCAGCAGUCGUCACAGCAAUUGCCAACUGAUUAUUGGCAAAGUAGCUUAAAGAGGGAUAAGUUGCAGCAACGCAGCUUCGAUAAGGGAGAUUCUGGCAUAGAGAAUGAUUUUCGCAAAGAGUCAUUCAAUGGUGAAAUAACCUCAAGAUGGCGCAAACGCACUACCCUCGAUGACAUACGGGUGUGUGAGUCUUUUUUGCGUAAAGAACGACGGGAUAGCGCUCAGCAGCAGCGUCAAUUGCAACGACAAUUGCAAUCAUCAGUGCCCCCCACACGUUUGCGACGGGAACAUAGCUAUGUGUAUCGUGAACGUUCCAUAGAUGAUGGCUCACAUUUUGAUCCCCAUUUGGAUAAGUAUCCCAUAGCUACUAGCACAUUGCGACGUCGUGAAAAAUCACAGUCACGCGAUGAGACGAGCACCUUGAAACGCAAUAAGAAACUGGGUGGCUUUGAGAAGGUCAAGCAGCUAUUUACGGGCAAUAGUAAUCAUGGAGGAAGUGGUCGUAGUAGUGCCAGCAAUGUAUCAAGUAGUCGUAAGGAUACACAGUCAAGGCUGACAUCCUCCAAUGGCAAUGACAGUACAUUGAGUCGACGUGAACGUGACUCUAAGGAGAAGGAGCGCUAUAUGGUCAGGGAAGAUGAGAUGCGUUCACGUUAUCGUGAACAUCAUGCCCUUAACGAAGAGACCUCACGCGAACCAAAGACUAUCGACAUCUCUAUGCGACGUCGUUUGUCCACACCAAAAGCUAGUCCUUUGCUUAUCAAACGCAGUCCAGCGGAUAAGCCAGCUAAACAAAAGCAAAAGGAGCCAACGGGUCCAUUGGUUAAGACCAGUUGGUUUAAGUCAUUGGAUCGUCGUGCCAAGAGUAGUCCCAAGGAACAGCUUAAUGUGUCUGUUAAUGGACAUAGCGAGGCGACUACCUCAAGUUUAAAGAGAACCAAACGAAAUGCACCAACUGCUCCGGCCAAAAAUUUGCGUUUCUUUGGCGAUACCGAUUUGGAUUCAAAUCCACCCACAAUAUCCAAGGCCAGCAGCAUGCCAAGAAGCCGUCCCCCCUUAGCUUCUAAGCACUCACAGAGUGCCUACAAUUUGGAUCAUAGUCCUCCGCCACCAUCACGUGAUUAUCGUCAUUCCUUGUCGGGACAACGAGCUCAGACAUUGACUAGUUCCAGUUCGAAUCGUCAACGUGCCAGCUCUAUGCAACAUUUGGAUAAUAAUGGCAGCGAUGAGGUCGAUUUCCGUAAGCGACGUCAUUAUUCCCGAUCCCGUGAAUUGCAUGAUAUCUCGGAGAGUGGCUCAGAGCCAGAGCCAGCCAUAACGGAUCGUCAUAAACGUGGCAGUAGCAUACCCAAUCAACGUGCCAUGUCGCUAGAGAGAACUAACGAACGUUCGGGCCAUUUAUUGGGACCCCCCAAGCCAGCGCGUAGUGCCGAGCGACGUGGUUUGAUACAAGACUCCAGCCAUGGCAGGGAUCGCUAUCCCGCCGAAAGCUCUGGCACCGAGGGUGAAUCCAGUUUACACAGUCAAAGGAGUGUGGUUUAUUUGCAUGCCACCACAGUGGGUGAUAUACCACAGCCAUAUAAUUCACGUCAUCGUUCCAUGUCGCGUGAUGAUCUACGUAAAGGUGGUGGCGGAGGCUCUUCCAUUGGUGGCGGCAAGGCCAAAGGUCAGGAGCCAUUGCAACCUAUGACAAGAACCGUAUCGCGUUCGGUUUCAAUGUUGGCCCCUUGGAAACCUAAACAUAUAAGCGAGGGCUAUGAGAUUAACUACUCACAGGAGCAGAACAAGAGGAUGUCAACACUGCCGCGUAAACCGCCACCACAUAAUGGUGUAAGCAAUGCCAGUGCCACCAUGAGCCGUGUGGGACGCAAGAAUAGUCAGACCCCGACGCGGCGUGGCUAUCAAAUUGAUUUGGAGCGUCCACCACCGCCAAGAUCCCUGCUAUCCGCAUCGAAUUUACGUAGCGCCAAGACAAAAUGAGCCUUACAAAAUGAGGCUCCUGCUUCUGCCUCCUCUAAUGGUGGUGCUCUAAUUGUAAUCCAAUUGAAAUGUAUUUCUAAUCACGAACGAAGGAAGGACUCGGAGGUUUCCAUAGUCGGUAGAAUCGAUCACUAAACAAAAAAAAAAAACAAAAAGAAAUAAAAUAAACCUUUGUUGCAAUU